CCAGUGGGAAAUUAUAAUAAAUAAGUCCGAUUUUGUAAAUCUCAAAUUUUGACAUAUCUCCACGUUUCAAGGUCCUUAGAGUCGUAACUAUUUUCUUAAUUACCCUAUAUUUUACUUUUCGAUUAUACACCUGCAGGUAUAGUACCUAAUGCAUAUAUUUACGAAUGAUGUAACCGUUUUGAAGAAUAUGUUGGUAUAAGGUUUUCCCAGUAUAAAAACUGCAUGUCUGCCUGUUGGCAUAAAACAAAACAUAAACAGUUCAAAAUUAAUUUGUAAUGAAGAAAGCUUCUUUGUUGGUAAAAGUAACUGUUUCAAACAUAUUUUACAUUUAAUGCGGGUAUUUAACAUUUUUAUGUAUGCACACACCAAUUAAUUCAGUUUUAAGCGAUAUUUAAACUGUCAAAUGGCCAUGAAUAAUUUUAGUACUAAAUAACAGAAAUGGACUUGUUCGAUUCUAUUCGGUUAUCAUUUAGGUACUCUUGUUUUGCGCGUCGCGUCGUUUGAUCGCUAGUAGGAAGUUAUCAUCGACUAGAGUGAAAUGUUUUGUUAACAAUGUGCGAUAAUUUUUUCUUUAAUAAUUGGUAUAGACGAACAGAAUAUGAGCCUGUGCAAAGUGACGAAGAAUACGAAUAUUACAUUGAAAAAUUAAUGAGAUUGCAGGGAUUUGACGAAAGUGACUACGAAGAAGAAGUUCAACCUACCGCCAACAAACAUUCCGUUAGCUUCUCUGGUUUACAUGAGACGAAUGAUAUACCUGGCAUUGGACAAUAUGAGGAUUUUCACACGAUUGACUGGCAAAGGGACAUUGCUAGGGAUCGAAUGCGACACAGGUAUAUUGUUAAAAAGAAGCAGGAUUCUUUGUGGAACUUGAUAGAAGGUGCCCAUGAUGCAUGGUCGGGGUGGUUGUGCGUCUUGAUAGUGGGUGUCCUCACCGGAUGCGUGGCAGGUGUUAUAGACAUAGGUGCCAGUUGGAUGACGGAUCUCAAAUUUGGAAUUUGUCCUCAAGCAUUUUGGUUAAACCAAGAACAAUGUUGUUGGUCCACCAACGAAACUACAUUCGAUGUUUUAAAUUGUUCUCAAUGGUUGACUUGGUCGGAGGUAUUGGGUCAAGCUCGAGAAGGAGUUGGUCCAUACAUAAUAUCCUAUUUAUUUUACAUUGUUUGGGCGCUUCUAUUUGCUGCCCUUUCUGCCUCUUUGGUGAGAAUGUUUGCACCUUAUGCAUGUGGUUCUGGUAUACCCGAGAUAAAAACAAUCCUAAGUGGAUUUAUUAUAAGGGGUUAUCUAGGAAAAUGGACACUUAUUAUCAAAUCUGUCGGCCUUAUUUUAUCCGUCUCUGCCGGACUUAGCUUGGGUAAAGAAGGUCCCAUGGUGCACAUAGCUUGUGCUAUAGGUAAUAUAUUAUCAUAUCUCUUUCCCAAGUACGGGAGAAAUGAAGCUAAGAAGAGAGAAAUAUUAUCUGCAGCCGCAGCAGCGGGGGUCUCCGUAGCUUUUGGUGCCCCCAUUGGAGGAGUUUUGUUUAGUUUAGAAGAGGUAAGCUAUUAUUUUCCACUGAAGACGUUAUGGAGAUCAUUCUUUUGCGCAUUAAUAGCAGCUUUCGUAUUAAGAUCGAUAAAUCCGUUUGGUAACGAACACUCAGUAUUAUUCUACGUGGAGUACAAUAAACCAUGGAUAUUUUUCGAACUGGUCCCUUUCAUAGGUCUCGGAAUAAUAGGAGGGGUAAUAGCAACAAUAUUUAUUAAAGCCAACAUAUACUGGUGUCGGUAUAGAAAAUACUCAAAAUUAGGACAAUAUCCUGUAACUGAAGUGCUUGUUGUAACUGUUAUAACAGCUGUUCUUGCAUACCCAAAUCCUUAUACCCGUAUGAACACUAGUCAACUAAUUUAUUUGCUCUUCAGUCAAUGCGGUAUUUCAAAUUCAGACAGUUUAUGUGACUAUAAUCGCAAUUUUACCGAUGUGAAUUCUGCAAUUGAAAUAGCAGCUGCAGGUCCCGGGGUGUACAAAGCCAUGUGGCUUCUAAUGCUUGCUCUUAUAUUUAAACUUAUUAUGACCGUCUUUACCUUCGGCAUGAAAGUUCCAUGUGGUCUUUUCAUACCAAGUUUAUGUCUUGGUGCAAUUGUUGGUCGCAUUGUUGGAAUAUUUAUGGAACAGCUUGCAUACAAUUAUCCAAAAAAUCCUAUUUUCAGUGGAGAGUGUUCAACAGGAGACGAUUGUAUUACACCUGGAUUAUAUGCAAUGGUUGGAGCAGCCGCCGUCCUCGGAGGAAUCACAAGGAUGACCGUAUCUCUUGUGGUGAUAAUGUUCGAACUGACCGGAGGUGUAAGGUAUAUUGUACCUUUAAUGGCGGCUGCAAUGGCGAGUAAAUGGGUAGGUGACGCUUUAGGGCGUCAAGGCAUCUACGAUGCCCAUAUCGCCAUUAAUGGUUAUCCUUUCCUUGAUUCAAAAGAUGAAUUUGCGCACACAUCACUUGCUGCAGACGUUAUGCAACCCAAAAGGAAUGGGACAUUAAGUGUCAUCACACAAGACUCAAUGACUCUUGAUGACGUAGAGCAGUUGUUAAAAGAGACAGAGCACAAUGGAUAUCCUGUUGUUGUAUCCAAGGAGUCCCAAUAUCUGGUGGGAUUCGUAUUAAGAAGAGAUCUCAGUUUGGCAAUUGCCAAUGAAAAGAGAAUGGUUGAUGGUAUUUGCGGACAGUCGCUGAUACUUUUCACUACCACAAAUCCAGUACAAACGUUGGGUCCCCCACCAUUGAAACUUAAAAAAAUAUUAGACAUGGCCCCAAUUACAAUUACCGAUCAGACCCCAAUGGAAACUGUUGUUGAUAUGUUUAGGAAAUUAGGAUUAAGACAGACGCUUGUUACUCACAAUGGGAGAUUAUUGGGAGUUAUAACGAAAAAGGACGUUCUUCGUCAUAUAAAGAAGAUGGACAACGAAGAUCCUAAUUCAGUUUUAUUCAAUUAAAUAUAGUUUUUGUAAAGUUUCAUACUUAUACAAACAACAUUUUCAGUGCAAAUAACUAAAAUUUAUUUUUGCACACUAAUACGUCCAGUAAUUUUUUAAAUUUUAG